GUGUUUAGAGCUGUGCUUAAAUUGAAUUUCUUUUCUUUUUCCAUGACAGUUUAUGUGUUCAGUUUUUCUCAAUUCAUCUUCUUCAAGUGUUUAUCCUGCAUUGACGGCUUAAACACAUCUUUAAAAAAUGUGUUCAGCGCUUGGGAAAAAAACACACCUGUGAUUAUCCGUGAUAAGUCGACACCUGAUAUCCGAUGUGCUGUUUGUCUGCUGUGUUCGCAACACACAACACCUGAUAUCCGAUGUGCUGUUUGUCUGCCGUGUUCGCAACACACAACACCUGAUAUUCGCUCUACUCUCUACACCACAUUCAUCGGCAGAGUUUGUGAUACACUUCGGCAUGAUCUAUCUUGUUUGUUUUUUUUCUUAUUUCAAGAAAGGAAUUUUCAACCUGUUAGGAUGGUCUUUAAAACAAAAGAAAAGAAAUAGCAUGUUCAAACUAUUUCAAUC